CAAUAUUUAAUUCUUUAUAGUACUUCUGAGCUUCACUCUCCCACUGUCCCCUCCUCUCACAUGUACUAUGAUUUUACAAGGUAACCAUUAAUAGUGUGUUCGAGCUUCAAAUAUAUAUAUGCAUGCUUUGUCAACGAAGAGGAUGGCAGCGCCACUACCUAUGUCCAGGAGAUUCAGUUCUGAGUUUAAUGUUGUUCUAGAUGGUUUCAAGUGUUCAUCUUCAACUUCAACUAUCAACAUUAGUAUGAAAAACAACAGCCUUUCACCAUCUAAAGAUAGCAUCUCGAGUAAAUCGAGGACAAAGAUGAAUAGAAGGUUUAGUUUUUCAACAGAAGAUGAUCUUGGAAAGAGGUGUUUCCAAGCUAGUAGUGCUGAAGGAUCACCCUGCAAGGAUGUUUUAAGUCCUGUUUUUUAUGCCUCAGAGUCCGAUUUCACAGAAAAGCAUAAGAGUUCAUUAGAAUUAUACUUGGAGAAACUUCAGAGCCAAACCAAACAGGUUUCACAGGAUUAUGCAAGUGAUGUUUCUGAAGCGGAUGAUCAAACCAGUCAACUGUCAGCAAGAAAGGAACUCGGACUACUCAAGAAGUAUUUUGAAUCAGUUAAAGAAGAUGGAAAGUCUGAAGAUUGUUUGUCAUCUUUUCCUGACAGAAAUGCAUCAGGCAAGAAGUCUGAUGACUCUAUGAGCAUGAAUCAAAUUAAAGGCAUGGCAAUACAAGAAUUCGAGAAAAGCAGUAAUAUUGCUAGGAAAGCUGCAUCAUUUCCUAUGUACGACGAGAAAGAGAGUGGCAACCUAUACCUGAUAAGUACGUUGCUGUCGAUAAAUAUAGCUGUGUUUCUGUUUGAGAUAGCUAGUCCAGUAAAAGGUUCAGACUACAACCUCUAUUCACUGCCCCUGAUUUACGGUGCCAAGGUUAAUGAUCUGAUCAUGGUUGGCCAAUGGUGGAGGCUUGUCACACCUAUGUUUCUGCAUUCAGGACUUCUGCACAUUGCACUUGGCUCAUGGGUGCUUCUUUCUUUCGGGCCUCAAGUUUGCAAAGGAUAUGGCUCUUUCACAUUCUUCCUGAUAUUCAUUCUAGGAGGCAUUUCAGGAAACUUCUCAAGCUUCCUUCAUACAUCAGAGGCUACUGUUGGUGGAUCAGGACCAGUUUUUGCUGUCAUUGGAGCUUGGCUCGUUUAUCAAAUUCAAAACAAAGAUGUAAUUGCAAAGGAACUGUCUGAUAGUAUGUUUCAGAAGGCAGUCAUCGCUACAGCUUUUAGCUUUUUUCUCGGAAACUUUGGGCCAGUGGACAACUGGACAAGUCUUGGUGCUGCGGUAUCAGGAAUCAUAUACGGGUACUUUACAUGUCCUGUGGUGCAAGUAGAUGAUGCACCUGCAUCUGCCAUGCAAGAAAGAAAUAGUGGGAUGAAAGACGAAAUCACACUUAAUAGCACACAAGCAGCUAAACCCUGUGUUUGGGUCCAAUUUAGUCCAAUUGGGCCUAGGCAUUAAAUGAUCCAAUUAAAAGCCCAAGGUCAAGGUUCAUCUC